AUGUGCGUCUUUGUCGUCUGCUCACACGCUGCUGGGUUCCAGUUUUAAACCUAGGCCUGUGCCUGUGUAUGGCUUCCGAAUACUGCUGCCUCCACCGCCACCCUGCGCCAUGUGCCUCUGUCGUCUGCUCACGCUGCUGACGGCUUCCGCUUUUUUAAACUAGUCCUGUGUAUGUCUUCCGAAUACUGCUGCCUCCACCGCCACCCUGCGCCAUGUGCCACUUUUCGGGUCUCCUCACACUGCUGCCAGGUCCAGAGUGUGUCAUGGGUCCCUGUACGGCCUCCCAUUGCUGCUGACUUCAUCGCCAGACUCUGCCAUGUGCCACUUUCAGGUCUCCUUACACUGUUGGGUGGGUUCCAUUUUGUGAUAGGGUGCUGU